CUACAGCCCCUUCGAUGACCUAGCGCUGAACUCGAGUCUCGGCGCUUUGCCCAGGUUUCCUUUAUUCUUCUAGAGAAUCCAGCACAGCCACACCCGCAGCAUACCCGAGGCCUCCCUACGCCCCGGCUCCACUGCUACGCUACUGACGUAGCAGCUUCCACUAGCCUCUCUGCCGGGGGACGGCCCCAUUCCAGAUGCCCGUUUACGCCCGCGCGGUUGGCGAUAGGGUUCGAGUUGCGCUCGCUGGGCAGGGAGAGAUUCCUGAAAGCUGCUUACGCGGAGAGCUGGGGGAGGGCCUAGUUGCUCCGCGCAGCCUUACGCCGCUGACGCAGCGUACCCCAAGAUGGCGGCUCGGUCGUCGUCGGUGGCGGCAGCGCUGGCGGAGGGGGCGGUGGCAGUGGCAGCCGUGAAGCGAACGGCAGCAACGGAGGAGGCGGUGGCGGCCGUGACGGCGGCAGCGGCGACGACGACGACGACGGGUCUGGGGCGGGAGGAAUGAGGCGACCGAGGCGGGACAGCGGCAGAGCCGUGUAGCGGAGAAGCGGCUCCCUCCUCUGCUCCCUCCCGGCGCGAGCGCGCCUGGGGCCGGUCCCGGAGCGGCCUCCAGACCCGACCACGACCCGGACCCUUAUCCCACCGGCGGCAGCAGCGGCCCCUCCUCCUCCUCCUCCUCUUCUUCCUCCUCUCUCCACGCCCCCCUCCUGCCCUGACCCCGCGAUCCCGAUCCCGGACGAUGAUGAAGUUCAAGUCGAACCAGACCCGGACCUACGACGGCGACGGCUACAAGAAGCGGGCCGCGUGUCUGUGCUUCCGCAACGAGACAGAGGAGGAGGUGUUGCUGGUGAGCAGUAGUCGUCAUCCAGACAAAUGGAUUGUCCCUGGAGGAGGCAUGGAGCCUGAAGAGGAGCCAAGUGUAGCUGCUGUUCGGGAAGUGUGUGAAGAGGCUGGAGUGAAAGGGACAUUGGGAAGAUUGGUAGGCAUUUUUGAGAACCAGGAAAGGAAGCACAGAACAUAUGUCUAUGUGCUUAUUGUUACAGAAGUGUUAGAAGAUUGGGAGGACUCUGUUAAUAUUGGAAGGAAAAGGGAAUGGUUUAAAAUAGAAGAUGCCAUAAAAGUCCUGCAGCAUCACAAACCUGUGCAGGCCUCAUACUUUGAAACCUUGAGGCAAGGCUACCUGGCCAACAAUGGCACUCUGGUCAUGGGUACCACAUACUCGGUUACCAGUCAGAGCUCGUUGUCAGACAUUAGAUGACUGAAGACUGCCUCCCAAGAGAAAAGGAAAUUGGAAAAUAGACUGAGAUCUGGAUCUCCUCUUCUCUCCCCAAUUCUUUCCCCAUCCCCUCCCAUCACAUGCCUCCUCUUUGAAACAAGGCAUAGGCAGCAGCCUGAAGCAGAGGAAGUGUUUUUUGAUAAUGUUGCUGUUUGGUAUUAAGUGGAGCUUUUUUUCUUUUUUUCUUUUUCUAAAAAAUCCUCUUUUGAGGCCUGGGGGGAUGGGUAUUAUUUCAUAAAGUAUAUAUUGUGCAUGAUGUGUCCUUUCUCUUGGCACCACCACUACUCUCUGAAGAGAGAUGGACAGCUUCUCCUCAGCCUGGCACUCUGAAGCGUUUCUAUGUGUCCAAUUCCCAUUCUGGCCAGACAUUUUUCUCUUUUUUAAAAUGAGAAGAUAAUAAUGUGAGGCCAUCUCUUCCAGUGAGUUUGUCCUACAAUGUGCUGUUCAGACCUGUAAGUCGGUCAUGUUCAGUGCAUGAUGCAUUUAUAUGCAUAUUAUAUGUCAACAUAUAAUAUGUAAAUAAAUGAUUGUAGAAGGACAUAUUUAAGAGUCUAAUUUUGCAAUUUCUUUCACUUCAAGAGUUCCAGAAGAGGAGAAAAAGAGUUUCUUAAUUAACCUGCCUUGUAGGCUUAAUCUAGGCCAGUUUCCUUGAUCGUUCUUCAACUUGCCCACCCUUUUUCCAUUUGCAAUAACAGCCUGGGUGAGGAAAGAACAGGACAGCCUUCAAACCACCCCUGGUGCUCCCAGUCUUCUGUCAUCUAAGCUGGCAGAAGAGAACAUGGCGAACACUUCUUUUUUUACCCAGGCAGGAGGAGCAAGUAGCCUCAAUGUAGACCUAGUGAAAGAGUGAUAGAAUGGACUCUCAGCCUGCCCUGACCACAAGGAGGAUUGGAACUGGAGCUCUUGGGAAUAAACUCGACAAAGAACUGGAAUAGCCAACCCUGUUUUGUAUCCUGCCAGUUUGAAGUUCUUUCCGUGGCCCUACUUGGAGAUGAUGAUCUCUCUCUUCUUGUCCAUAUGCCUUACUGCGCUGACUGGAUAUUGUUUUUGUGCAAAAGCAUCCAACUGUUUUUCCUCAGUGUAGCUGCACAUGUUCUUCCCCUGCUGUGCUGUGCUAGGGUGACCGCCUGGUGUUCCCAGAAAGAAGCACAUGAGGGGAAAAUUCAUAUGUUCACUAUUGUGUUUGUGGUGUGGCAGCACUUAUCAUUUUACCUUGGAGCAUGCUCAGAAUAUUAAAUUGUCUCCUGCUGUGUGAAUACAGAAGGUACAACUUUACCCAGAAGUACUAGUGUAGAGGACUCUUAAUCAUUUACUAGAAUAGCUACAUAAUGUAUUGGCACACUUUAAACUCUUCUGUUGGUUUAUUGAUGUUUCAUACUGUCUUUAUUUGCCAACUGUAUUGUUUAGUUGGGAAAUAAAAAAGGAAAUGGUUGUGAGUUUGGGGUAUGGGCGGGGGCAGGGCAUUAGUUAAUCCCUGGCUUGGGACAGGAGGUUGUUGCUAGGUUCUUAGUAGCAUCUCUUUUGUCAAAACAUAGCCAAGAUGUGAAAUUAAAUCUGCAGUACUCUUUUAUUUAAUAAUUCUAAUAAAUACUUAGACUUUCAAAAAGGUUUUUUUCUUCCCUCCUACAAAAAAGGAUAAGUCUGGUAGACCUAUCAAUUUAGUGUCUAACUCUGGAGAAGAAGAUAGCUGAUUUUAGAAGCUUGCAGACAGGAAGAUCACAACAAAGCUAAGCUUUGAAUUACAGGGCCAAAAAGCAGGACUAGCAUUUUUGUCAAGAGUACCGUAAUCCCAUGCUAAUAUUUUCAUAUCCAUAGUUCAGGAUUUCCAGUGGUUUGAGAUAUUAUACUUUGAUUCUAAAUGUUGAACUUGGUUCUCUACGUGGCCAUUUUAAACUGGUUUUAAGAAGCCCACUCCCUACUUAAGAAGCUCACCAAGGUCCUGCCCAAAAAAGCCAAGAAAACGAUAAAAUUGAAUCAAAUCCAAGUCUUAAGUGAUAUCCUAAGAACAUAGCCAUCUACUUCUGCCUUCCAGACUAAUUCUGGCCUUUUGCUAUAUGGAUUUGCUGUUUUCAAAAUGCUGUUCAGGAAAACAGCUGGUACUCCCGAAAGAACAGCUGACGUUUUGAUAGCAGUAGCAUGCAUGCCUUUCUUGAAAAUGUUGUUACUGAUCUGUUAAAUUCAAAUGUAGGGGUAGAAUGUUAUCAAUGACUGCUGAUGGCAUUUUUGUUUAGGUCAGGAAAAUAAAUUGUGCCAACAAAGUGUUUUAAUGUGGCAUCAAUCAGUACUAUUAAUGCCCUUAGCUGAAGAACUUGUUAAAAGACUCCGUGGGAAAAUGAGAGCUUUGUUUGAGUACAUAGUUAAAAUAAGUGCAUUGCCGCACCAUACUUCCAGCGAAUGAAGGUUUUGUUUUUCCUUUCCAUGUCACAAAAUUCCAUUCCCAUCUUUUCUAGUGUGUAGUAGAGAUCUCUCCUGAUAGAAUAGGUGGAUCAACUGGAUGGAUGGAUACAGUGACCUUUAACUUCCUGAGCCCAUUUCCCCGAGGAAAACAAGAGAAAGAAAAAAAAAGUGUAUAUAUAUGCACAAACCAUCCACAUAAUCUCUAAGAAGAACUUGCCCUCUUGGUUUUACUCAUAUUUUAGCAGCCAUGUACAUGGUAUCUAUUUCUGAAUACUCUCUAAAAAAAGAGUAGACAUUGGUUGGCUUUUUUUUCUUUUAAAAUGUGUUUAUGUUCCCCUUUUCUCCCUAAAGGUUGAUAAAGAUGGCAGCCAUUUGGGAAGGCUUCUGAUUGGAUCAUUGGAUGCCAGUAGGACUGUCUCACCUUUCUUGGAGAAAAAGAAAAGAGAGAAAGAGAGAGAGAGUUGUGUGUGUGUGUGUGUGCGUGUGAGAUGCCUGAUAUGUAAGUGCAGUCAUUGAAUUUACUUUCCUAGGAUGAGAUGCAGAUACUUUGUUGUACAAUAAGAAGGUUCAUCACUGGGCCCCUACGAAGUUGGGGGUAACUACAGAGGAUCAAAGAGAGAAACAGCAUGAACCUGAGCCACAUCAUUUCUGAGAUUGUACAUAGUUUCAGAGUAGAUCCUCUGCACUCUUUCUGCUGUCACCCCAGAUGUGCUCCACAGCUCAGCAGUAGAAUCUGUGGCUUCACCUCUCAACCCCAAGUCUAGGGCUAGAAAACAUCUGGGUGGAAGUAACAUGAAUAAACAGUACUUGAGGGGUAUGUUGCAGGAGCUUUGCAAUCCUGUUUCUACACAGUCAAGUUCCGCUGUAAUGAAGAAAUAUUUUCUCUGGGUGUUAGAAGUUGGUGAGUAGCCCAUGGCAGAGCCUUUUACUCCGAAGAAGAGAAUAUUUUUGUUUUUGUCGCUUAUAAGGAGAAAAAAAGUUCUCUAAUGAAGAGUGUCUGCUUUUCAUCCUCUAGGUAACUUAAAUAGAGGACCAUCAGUGGGCACCGGUUAGACCCUAGUGUAUAUUCUCCUUUACUGAAAAAUUUGUAAUUUCCAUUUAAUGUAUUGAUCCAUAGAGGCCUAAAUAAGUUUCCCCCACUUCCUUUUCCUUUAAAUUAGCUUAUUCUGAGCCAUGUUUACUUUUUCAAUUAAUAAAGA